AAAUUCACGCGAAUGUCCGGAUCGUGACCACACCGGUGGGGAAUCACCUUCACCUUGAAACCCCAACGCAGCCGCCGCCACCGUACCAUCCACGCGCGGAAAUGUGAUACCAGCGAAGUCGGAUGCUCGCGGUGCACCUCGCACGCCCGCCUUGUCGCCUAUUUAAUGCGGCGCGGUUUUUAAUCGCACCUUACUCUGUACCUACGGCGAGUCGCGCGCGUGUGUUUUCAUAAAUUAAUCGGAGAGACGCGGAGCAUCGCGAGUUCAUUUACUGGUUACAUUUGCUACGUAUUCUAACUUGUGCGGUACAAAAGAAAUACGAGCGGCAGGUAAAAAGUGCGGGCUGUAAAGGUGUACGCUACGAACAUUCCACGAGAGGGUGAGGGUGACUUUGUGUCUGCUCCAGUGAGCGAAAUACCAACCCUGGCAGAAUUCCACCAGAAGUAUACCAUCUUCCACGAUCUUGAGCGUCCCCCGGGCUAGCACGACUACCACCUGCCAACGGCCACACGGACACGGGACGAGCCCCUCACUCGCCGGCAUCAAUGUAAAAACGGUUUUGCGAUCGCCCCCCAACGUUUCUCGAUAGACCAUGGCGUACAAUCGCAACGACCAAGGGGCGACCAACGAGAUGUACGACGCGACCGGCGAUCAUCUCUCGGACGAUCUGUCGGCGUGUAGCACUUUUCCAUCGACGCCUGAUGACACACUAAGUCAUCAUUCGAUUAGCCCUGAACAGCUUACUGUAUCCACCAUCUUGGGUCUUGUUGAAGCUGCUACUAAACAAGGCGAAGAUGUUAUCAAUGUUGAAUCUCUACCAAGUUCCAAUCAAUGCUCCACGAACGCGACGAACAGCUCCCGGGCUAGUUCCGAGAUGUUCCUCAAGAAAGAAAAAUGGUACUCGGUGACUAUUCAGAUCUUCAUUCCGUUUAUGAUUGCUGGUAUGGGUACGAUUGGAGCAGGGCUUGUUUUGGGCACCGUGGAGGAAUACGAAGUGUUUAAGAAUGUCAAGGCACUAUUCAUCUUAGUGCCGUCCAUUUUGGGUCUUAAAGGGAAUCUGGACAUGUGUCUUGCUUCAAGAUUAUCCACGCAAGCAAACAUGGGCAAGAUGGAGUCUAAAACAGAGAUGAUAAAGAUGAUUAUUGGGAAUAUUGGAUUGGUUCAGGUGCAAGCGAUUGUUGCCGCAUGUUUAGUAUCACUUUUCGCUGUGAGUGUAUCCGCCAUUAUGACUGGUGUGUUUUCAUUCAAUGAUGCUUUACUGCUGGCAGCAUCCAGUGUUUUGACAGCAACAGUUUCCUGUUUUAUUCUUGAUUUUGUUUUGAUUGCUGUGAUAACACUCACACAAAAACUCAAAAUGAAUCCGGAUAAUCUGGCAACACCUCUGGCUGCAAGCAUCGGUGACAUUGUAUCUCUCUUGUUACUAUCAACAAUUGCAAGUUUCCUGUAUACAAUUCAUGAUACCUACUCAUGGUUGUUAUUUACCAUCUUGGGAUGUUACCUGGGAAUAGCCCUACCCUUCUGGAUUUUGAUUGUGAGGAAAAAUACUUAUACAAGGCACAUUUUACUCUCUGGAUGGACUCCUGUUUUGUUAGCGUUGUUGAUCAGUGGAAUGGGUGGACUUGUAUUGGACCAAGCUGUGCAGGACUAUCCAGGCUAUGUAGUAUUCCAGCCAAUCAUCAACGGCAUCGGCGGCAACCUCGUCUCGGUGCAAUCUAGUCGAAUAUCAACCAUGUUGCAUCAGACAACAUUGCCGGGCAUCUUUCCGCCGCACACCAAACAUAUUGUCCCUCCAUGGUCAGCUUUAUUCAAAGGGGUGUAUUCAGCGAAGACGGCGCGCAUUCUUCUCCUGAUGUCCGUCCCGGGACAAACAGUGUUUGUUUUCGUCGCUGAUGUGAUCUACAAUCAUGGAACAUCAACCGUAUCAGCAGCGUUUGUCUUUUCAUACCUUACUGUUGGUGUUAUACAGCUAAUGUUGCUGUUGUACACCGCCCACCUUCUUACACACACCAUGUGGAGAUUUAAGAUUGAUCCGGACAAUUCAGCAAUCCCAUACUUGACAGCCUUGGGUGAUUUACUCGGCUCAACGCUGUUGCUGCUAGCGUUUAUGUUCCUGCGCUCCAUCAAUCAGGAAUACUCGCCUGUCGUCUGAAAAAAUCCGCUGUUUUUUCACAAGCAGGGUCUUUUUAAAAUGCAAAGUAAGUUCAAAACGGGUUCAAGCCGACAUGUCGGGUAAAGUUCAAGCAGGCAUUGUCGGUUUAUCACCAAACUGUUGAGCAGUGUUAGGUUUUUACGUUUUUCGUUGUUUUUUUCACUGUUUUCGAAUUGCUUAUCAAUUUACCACGUAGAAACACAGAGUACAGCAAACAAAACUUAACCAAUAGUUUAGUCAAUCCAAAGUGUAUUAUUUUUUUAUUAUUAGCGCUCGUGAGGCCAAAAGCAUUAGGCUCGUGAUUAUAUGAUAGUAUUACAAUUGAUUUAUUUCUGCAGUACAAAAGUGUCAAUCACUUUUAUCCAGGAACAGAACUUAAAGUACAAUCAAACAUUCUAACCCAGUAUAAUAUUGUUAAAUAGCUAAAACUGUACAAUAAUAAUGUAGACCAGAUAGUUUUUAAAGCAAUUUUGACGAGAAACAAACAAAAGCAUGAAUGUAUUUAUUUUUAUACCAAAAAAUAAAAUUUUGUAUAUUAUGAGCAUGUACAAACAACAACACAA